AAUUUACCGGAUAGAAAUAAGCUGUUGUAAUACCUGAGUAGUAGUUGCUAAAUAUUGUUUUUUCAUGAGAACCAAAAUGUAUUUAUAGCGAAAUGGUCCUGUGGCCCUGAGGAUGGUGAAACACCAUUGUGAAUAUAUUGUGGCCUGAGGAUGGUGAAACACCAUCCUCAAGGCCACAAUAUAUUCACCAAUGAUGUUUCAGAGAGCCUGAUAAAAAUGGCUAGCAUUGCUCGUCAAGGUUGCAUCCUUGCUAUCUUUAUGAUUGCCUGUAGUUUAAAGUUUUAAAGUUGGUUAUAUUCUAGUUUUUUUUCUUAUUGAUGUUUACAAUUUCUGACAAUUAUAAUGAAUUUUCAUUUCGGUAAUUUCUGCAUUUAGUUUAGAAGAAUUUCCAAUCUGUGAAUGUAAGGUAAUUUAUUAUCUGCUUGAACUGAUCACUAUCUAGGAGCUACUUUAUGUCAAAUGGAAUUUAGAGUUUCAUAAUUAAAAUUUGUCAAGAAUGUCUGCUGAACUAAAACAAUAUUAUCUUAAAUAUUAUGGGAAAAUUAGUGAACUUCAACCACUAUUAAAAGCACCUGCAAAUGUUGAUCUAAUGAAUAAAUUUGUUGAUCUAUGUAUUGUUGAUGCAGCGAAGCCACAAAUGGAUGCUGUUUUUAGUGUUGAACGAAAAGAAUUUCUUGAAAAGCAAAUGCAUUAUACACCAAUUCCAUAUAGUGAACUAUUUAUGAACGAAAAAUCGGUAAUAUUAGUAUCUGGAAUUGCUGGUAUUGGGAAAACAUGGUUGCUUAGAAAAUGUUUGCUUGAUUGGUCAAAUGAUUUAAUUUGGAAAAAUGUUGAACUUGUUUUUUAUUUAGAAUGCAGGAGGAUUAAUCAAUAUGAAAAUAUUUUUAGUAUAAAUGAUUUACUAAGCGUUUUCUACAAAGAUAUUAUAAGUAACUUAAAUAUUAGUAUUACCACUGCACUGUUUCUAAUUGAUGGGUUAGAUGAGUUUAAAUAUUUCAAUGAGUUAUCAAAUCCAAAUUUAAAAUGUAAAUAUCCAAUUGUUAAUGUUUUAGCAGAAAUUCAAAACUAUAAACAUUUAGUUGCUGGUAGAGUUUAUGCAAUUGAUCAAUACCAAAGUAUUUAUACAGAUCAUAGUGAUAAGUUAACCAUUCAAAUAAUGGGGUUUAACAAAAAUGGAAUAGCGAAUUAUGUAGAAAAUCAUGUUAAGGAAGAAAAAAAAGGAAUUGUAAAUGCAACUUUAAUGGAAUCUCCAAUUGCAAAAGCUAUGGCAUCUGUUCCUUUUUAUUUAUCUUCUAUGUGUAAAAUUAUCAGUGAUUCAAAAGAAAUAAGUACAAUAUCUUUCUUAACAAUGACAGAUUUGUAUGCAAACAUUUUUUUAUACUUUUUACAAAAACACAUCAUUAAAAACAAUGAAAUGAUUUAUCAGAUAAUGGAAAACGAUUCUAAUAAAACAUAUAUUUUAAAUAUUUGUAAAAUUGCAUAUGAAUUGUUUCUUGUAAAUAAAAUAAUUUUUUCAAAAGAAGAGCUUCAAACUUUUAUUGGUGACUUUGAUAAAAAUGAAUAUUUUUUUGGAUUUAUAGAAAGGAUUGAAACGAAUCUGGGAUGUUAUUAUCAGUUUGCACAUUUGACAAUAAUGGAAUUUUGUGCAUCUGUAUAUGCUUAUAAUUGUUUAAGUAGUGUUGAAAUUAUGACCAAUGAAAAGCUGAAGAGUUGUUUAUCAAUGAUUUGUGGAUUAUCUAAUGCUAGUCAAAAUAGUUUAUUAAAGUUUCUUGUUAAUCUGAAUCCUUCAAAAAGUCCCUAUAAAAAGUUUAUUCAAUUUAUAAUGAAUCUAUUCAAGAAUCCUUCAAUAAAGUCCAAUGAAAAAUCUAUCUUUUUGUAUUCUAUUUUGGAUCGUCUAUCUAAAAGUAUUGAAGUAUUUAAUGGUUACAAUUUUUUCUACGAAUGUUUUUACGAAAGUCAAUCGUCAUUCACUGAUGAAAUAAAAUUAAUUGUUGAUGAACGAAAUUUUGGUUUUGGUUGGACGAUUUCGAUUGACGAUGGAAAAACUUCUUACGCAACUUCUUGCGAUAAUUAUUUCGUAAAUUAUUACAUAAAAUCUGGAAGAAAGUUAUCGUGGUUAAAUGUUAAUAAAAAUAUUUUAAGUGAUGAAGAAAAAAAUCUUAUAAUUCGAUGUUCAACUAAUGUUCGCAAUGUCAGCUUUUAUCGUCCAAUUAAUUUCGAGGGAUGGAAACCGAAAGAUAAGAUUGAAGUGUUGUGGAUAUGGAUCUUAAAUUAUUUAAUAACAAAAAAAGAUUUUGAAGAAAAUUUUCUUCCUUGGAUUAAUCUUUGUGAAGAAUUAAAUCUUGAACUUCACGCCGACAUUGAUUUCUUUAAAGACAUUUGUGAAUGGAUUCGUUGUUCGAACAUCAAGAAGUUUCAGAUCAAGUACCGUGGAAAAUAUUUUCGUAACCUCGAUGAAUUAACUUUAUAACGCGGAAAAAUGUUUAAUAUUUUAAAUAUAUAAAAUAAAAACAAUAAUUAUAAAAUAUUAAA